AUGAAGGACUACGAAGUCCUUCGCGACGAGAAGGCCGAGUUCACAGAACCUUGCUUCGACCUCGGCCUCGCGUACGAGCUCGAUCGUCUGGGAAAAGGCGACAAGAUGAUCCUGAUCCGCGGUGCGAGUCUUCGCGCUGCCAGGACGGCGUCGAAGGCGGACCAUCUGAUUUUCGGGUCGGCCUUCGGCUUCGAAGCCCUCGCCAUCCCCCUGUGCACCAGUGGCGGACCUCUUCCCGGCAGGCACUGCAGCGUCCUGCUUGUUGUGCGCCCUGGCGACCUGCUUUUGCCCGACGAGGAGGAGAUCGGGACGUUCUACCGCCACCUCGACCCCAAAACCUCCUCCAAGCGGCACGAGGAGGAGGCAGCCAACGUUCUGAGGUGGGACAACGUCGACGGCUAG